AUGAAGGCCGGUCUUCUGGACAUACAGAUAUCGUCUCCUUCUCUUUUACCUUCCGGUGAGACGACGGUAUCAUCAUCAUUCGUCAAAUUGGAUAAUCUUACGGAUUUAUUCGACUUUCCUUCAGAUGGCCCAGUGACUGCGUUGAUUGCUACUCCGGUUCAAUUCCUCAUGGCUUGGAGAAUCAAAGUAAUCAGCAAAUCGAGAUUUAACGUCAACAGUGACUCCAAAAUCAUGGCAUUCAUCAUCUGCAUUUUCUCUCUGGCUUCGCUAGCUGGAGGCAUAUGGCUGGGCGUUGCGGUGGCGCAAAAGCCGCGAUUUGAAGACUUUGUCAAGUUUAAGGGUGCUCCCGCCUUAUGGCUGGUAUCUGCUGCUGUUGCGGACGUUUUAAUUGCCGGAACAAUGGUCCUCUUGCUUCUUAAAAGCAAACCAUCAGUCGGAGGAGAUACAAAUCGUCACAUCGACCGGAUCUUGCGAUUCACAGUACAGACAGGAACUCUCACAGCUGUCGCAGCGCUGACGGAUGCUCUACUCUUCCUCACCCUUCCUCACACGACGAUGUACGCAAUCAACGGAACUUUCGUUAACCACUGGGCGCUGAUUAUAGGUUUACUUUUGAAGAUUUUUCAUAUGGGAUCUUUCACUUUCGAAGAUCUAUACGAAUUCCGUUCUCAGUUCACUUAA